UUCAAGAGACGUGCUUUCAGCAACAAAACGCAUUCUCUGAUAAACACAAAUCGGUUCCUUAUUUUCAUAACUUUUAUCUUAUUUUUGCCUACUUUAUUCAAGUUAACGUUUGCGUGUGAUUUGCAAGUGUUCUGUUGUGCUAUUAGUUAUAUAAAAAUCUUACAAACAUUAAAAGCGGAGUUUUUCAGAGGAAAUAUAGGUUAAAGACCUAAGGUUGCUUGUCGCUACAAGUUCCAGUUUUCUGGCUUAAUUUGAUGGGUCACCAGCUAUGUUGCAAGCCCUAGGUAAGCGUAAUCACUUCACUCAGCCUUUGAUUUGUUCGCAAAAUGGCGCCAAUCGCGACGUACGUGUUUAUUGACUUAGAAACUACUGGUAUACCAAAAGAAGAAUUUAAUAAAACGAGAAUUACUGAACUUAGUUUGGUGGCGGUGAAAAGGGAACACUUGUUGGCCACUCGCCCCGGGGCGACACCCCGCGUGCUACAUAAGUUAACCUUGUGCUUAAACCCUGGACGUCCUAUACACCCUGACUGCACAGAAGUAACUGGGCUCUGCAAUUUUUUACUCGAAGAUGAACCCACUUUUAAGCAAGUAUCAGAUCCCAUCAUCAGUUUCAUAAACCUGUUUACGAAACCUGUGUGUUUGAUAGCACAAAACGGACUCCAUUUCGACUUUCCAAUCCUCAAGAAUCAUUUUGAGAAGUUGAAUGUAUCUCUUUCGGAUGAUAUACUGUGUGCUGAUUGCUAUCAUGGUUUCUACGAUAUUCUAGAAGAGAAGAAGAAGAUAACUUUGCCUGAAGCUACUACAAGUAGUAGUGCAGAUGGUGGAAAUCAAGUACGAAAACAAAAUGGUACUUCUAUUGAUGAUGUAACAUUACUAGCUCCUAAUACUCUACCUAUGAAACUGAGUAAUGAGACUACUCCGAAACAAUCACCCAAACCAACUGCAAUAAGGACUGCUGUAGAUCAGAAUAGAGUAUCAAAAGCAAGAAGACGGUUCCCCUUUUCUAAAGGUGAAAAACCAACAGAAAAAUAUAAAUUAAAAGCUAUCUACGAAAGAGUUCUGAACCGUCCAGCUAUAGAGGCCCAUCGGGCUGAGAAUGACUGCAUUCUUGCUCUAGAAGUUUCUGCAGCUCUGGCCCAAGAAUUCGUCAAGUGGGUUGAUGAGAAUUAUGUGCCAUUUUCUAUAGUUAAACCAAUGACUAUAGGUGUUCCUUUGGGAGAAUAAUUUUGAAUAACAGUUUUAGUUAUAGACAUGUUUUAUUUUCAUGUUAUCAAUUGAAUUUAGUUAAAGCAAAUUACAUUUUACCUUAACAUUUUUUUCUAGCAUACUUAACACUUUUAUAUUCUCUUAUACAUAAUUGUUUGUAAACAUAUUUUUAAGUAAAGUCUAUUUACAUAUUUUU